AUGGGAACUCAUCGAAUUAUCCUUGGUCUCGCCGCUCUUUGUUGUUUUUGUCUACCUCAUCUCAUUGAAGCUAAACCAUUCGAAGUGAUCGUCGAUCAAUCGGGCCAUGGAAAUUUCACGACCAUACAAAAAGCUAUUGAUUCGGUCCCAAUCAACAAUACUCAUUGGUUCUUCAUCAACGUUAAAGCCGGCCUUUACAGAGAGAAAAUAACGAUACCGCAAAAAAAACCUUUCAUAGUAAUCGUGGGAGCUGGGAAACGGUCAACGAGAGUAGAAUGGGACGACCAUGCCUCGCUUGCACAAAGCCCUACCUUUGCUACUCUAGCUGAUAACACCGUCGUUAAAAAGAUCACUUUCGCCAAUUCCUACAACUUCCCUAGCAAUGGGAAAAUAAACAAGAACCCUAGAGUUCCGGCCGUGGCAGCAUUUAUCGGCGGUGAUAAGUCGGCUUUUUACUCGGUAGGAUUUGCUGGAAUUCAAGAUACCUUGUGGGACUCGGAUGGCCGACACUACUUCCAUAGAUGCACCAUCCAAGGCGCGGUUGAUUUCAUCUUAGGGAGCGGCCAAUCUAUUUACCAGAGCUGUGUGAUACAAGUGCUAGGUGGGCAGCUAGGACCGGGGGUAACGGGUUACAUAACGGCUCAAGGACGGACCAACGCAAACGACGCGAAUGGAUUCGUAUUCAUCAACUGCCUCGUUCAUGGAUUCGGCAAGGCUUACUUGGGCAGAGCCUGGCGCCCAUACUCUCGAGUGAUAUUUUACAACUCGAACCUGACGGAUGUGGUUGAUCCUCUAGGAUGGUGGGAAUGGAACUACCAGGGUUACGAAAAGCAGCUGACCUAUGCAGAACAUGGAUGCUUCGGAAGUGGAUCAAAUACAUCAAGACGUGCCAAAUGGGUUAAGAAGCUGAGUGCAUCUGCCGUCCAACAUUUGGCUGAUCUCAGCUUCAUUAAUCGUGGUGGAUGGGUUGAAGAUUUACCCAUCCGUGUUUGAUCGAGACUUUCGCUUCUAGUUUCUGUUUUUUUUAAAAAAUUUCUUAUUGAUCAUCCUUUCUUUUAUUUAGUUUGACCAGAUGUAG